AGCUCUACACGGAGAGGAGAGGGCUGCUGCUUUUCUUCGUGCCUUUGACUGCGGCUCCUUCCCUCCCAUCUCUGCCCACGUUUUCUUCUUAUUCCAGAACGACUUCGCCCUUCAUCGCGCGUUUUGGUCAAUAGAAGGCUCUCUCACACUCUCUCUCCACAAGCGCCUGCCCGGCUCCAACCUCGAAGCAUCCUCCCCCUUUUCUUCUUCAUCUCCUUCUCCAUUCCCUCAUCAAAAUCUCUCCACCUCCUUUCUCAUUCCCCAGCCGGUGAGGCGGUAACCAUCUCUCUCUCUCUCUCCCUCUCGUCGAUUUCGUUAUAGUGGUAUUCAUAACAGUGGAAGAAUAAGGGUAGAGAGUCUGCAGACAGAGAAUAGAAUCAGCAUCUGAGGUGAAAGGAAUCAAAAGGGGGCAGCCAUGGCUUCUCCCGCCGUCUGCUUCUGCUCUCUCCUUCUCCUUCUGCUCCUCCACUUGCCUUCCUCCUACGCCUUCCUCAACGGCACGGACGGAUCUAUCCUUCAUGGAAUCGUCCUUCCGGAGGAUCCCACCGCCCCCGUGUCCGAUUGCCUGCUCCGAUCGGAAGUUCCCACCACCCAGAAUCAGAAGCCCAUCAAGCUCCGCCUCCUCCACCGGGACCAGCGGCGCGUAGACCAGGCGCCGAAAGGACUCCGCCGAAUCGACUCGCUUCUCGAGUCCUGCUACCGAGACGUCUCGCGCAUUCGCACGUUCCACGAUCGCAUCGACGCAAAGAGGCCCAGAAGCCGCGACCCGCGCAGCGCCAGCGGCGAGUCCCUUCACCGGCAGCUCGACGGCCACGGCCACAGGGGCCGGCUCUUGACCCAGUCGAGAAAGGAAGCUGGUCACGGUGCGGGCAGGCCGGAGCCCGGCAGGUCCCGGGUGGUGGCGACGCUGGAGUCCGGCGUGAGCGUCGGCUCCGGCGAGUACCUGAUGGACGUGUACGUGGGCACGCCGCCGCGGCACUUCUCCCUGAUCGUCGACACCGGAAGCGACCUGAACUGGCUCCAGUGCCUGCCUUGCCGAGACUGCUAUCCGCAGGAGAGCCCCCACUACGACCCGGCACAAUCCUCGUCGUUCCGGACCGUCUCCUGUAAAGACUCGGUGUGCAUGCAGGUUUCCUCUCCCGAUACGUCUCGUCCCCGGUGCCAGUCGGAAAACGGGACCUGCGACUAUUUCUACUGGUAUGGUGACCGCUCGAACACCACCGGCGACCUAGCCACGGAGACUUUCACGGUCAACGUGAGCUCGACCCCGGAUGGAGGACUCGGCUCAGUUUUCCGGCUCGAGAAAUUGGUGUUCGGGUGCGGGCACUGGAACCGCGGCCUGUUCCACGGUGCGGGCGGCCUGCUGGGGCUCGGCCGCGGCGAGCUCUCGUUCUUGAGCCAGCUCCAGUCAACUUACGGCCGCAAGUUCUCUUAUUGCCUGGUUGACCGAGAAUCGGACCCGAGCGUGAGCGGCCGGCUGGUACUCGGCGAGGAUGACGGCUUGGUCCGCCACCCAAACGUACAAUUCACGGAGCUUGUGCCGGUAAAGGAGUCGCCGGUGGACACGUUUUACUACGUCCGGAUUAAGGCGGUCCGGGUCGGCGGCGAGGUCUUGCGCAUCCCGCCGGAGACGUUUCAAAUCGGUCCAGACGGCUCCGGCGGCACCAUAGUGGACUCGGGGACCACGUUGACCUACUUCCCGGAGCCGGCGAUGGCCGAGAUCAAGGCUGCCUUCUUGAGAAAAGUCAAGGGAUUGGACCGGGUCUCGGGGUUCAAACAGCUGGAUCUGUGCUUCAACGUGACCGGAGCGGACCGGGUGGAGCUGCCGGAAUUCAGCAUCCUGUUCAUGGACGGCGCCGUCUGGAGUUUCCCGGCGGAGAACUACUUCAUCAGGCUGGACCCGGAAGGGGUCAUCUGCUUGGCCCUCUUGGGUACCCCAAUGUCCUCACUCUCCAUACUGGGAAACUACCAACAGCAGAAUUUUCACGUACUAUAUGAUUUGGAUAAGUCUAGAAUUGGAUUUGCCCCGGAAAAGUGCGCCGAGGUGUAAGCCGGCCAUUGGCGACACCGGGGCUAAUUAAGAUGACAUGGAAUGCAUCCAUUGGUGGGUAUUCGCCAUCUUAUGAACAAUAACUUGUAUAGAAUACAUAUACAUCUGAGAUUUUUUUUUAUAUUCUUUUUUUUUCCUCUGUUUAUAUCCUUGUUUUUGGUUUGAAAAUUGGAAGCAAAUAUGGAAGCAUCCAAAGACAAGAUUGUUUA